AUGGCAAAUGUUGCAUUGGCUGAUUCUAUUAUUAUGCUUUUAAUUGGGGGUGGAUGUGGUAUUUAUAUUUUAUAUCUCGAUCGCAAAAAUAUUGGAUUGUUUAUACCCAUUAAUAGUAGUUUGCAAGCAACAACUGAAAUGUAUUUGUUAAGUUAUAAUUUGAAUAAACUUAAUACCAUACUUUGUUUUCUUCUCAUAUCAGCAUGGAUUUCCGGUAUUUUAAGUUAUGCUAUUCUUGGAAUGAAUAGAUGUGUAGCAAUACGUUAUUAUGGAACAAAAGCUAAAUUUUUUAAUCGUGUCUCUAUUGCUAUCAUUAGUUCUAUUUUAACUUGGUUGAUUGGCAUUAUAACUGCAUAUUUUGGUACAUUUCCGGAACCACUUAUUGGACUUCGUUCAGAGUUAUGGUCAAUCACAUUUAAAGAAAAUAUAAAUAAUAAACGAAGUAAACUUUUUUUUUAUAUAAUAGUAUUUUUAAAUAUUCUAAGUCUCUCAAUACAAUGGAUUUGUUCAAUAUUAGUUUUAUUAAAAAUAAAACUUGUUAAAGAAAAAAUUAAUAAAAAUAAGUUAAAUCAAAGUUCAGCAAAUAGAUUUAAAAAACAGGCACGAUUGACAUUCCAAUUUUUUUAUCCAUCUUUAUUAUGUACAAUUUCAUCAAUACUUUUUUUAUCUAAACCAUUUUUAUAUGGUAUAUUUUCAAAUUGGCAUUUAAUUAUUUUACAUUUGAUUUGGAUUAUUAAUCAUUUAUGUAAUCCAUUUAUUUAUUCAUAUUUUAAUGAAAGAAUGCGAUUUAGUUACCGUGAAAUAUAUAAUUGUUCAUAUGCUCAAUAUCUUAUACAAAAAAGAAGACGACUUGCUACAAUGGGAUGGACAGGAAGAAGUCAUAGGUAUAUUGGUAAGAGUACACGAAAUUCCGUAAAAUCAUGUAGAUCAACAAGAGAUGGCAAUUUUGUUAGAAAUAGUCUUCAAAUGCAAAGCAGGGACUUUGAACAACUUUGUGAAUUUAUGAUGCGUGUUAAUCCAUUAUAUGAUAGUAGUGAAGGAUGGCAAGAAUGUAGUGAUGAAGAAGAAUCAAUUAAUGAUAAACAAAUAGUAAAUUGUACAAAAAAGAAGAAAAAAAGUGAUUCAUAUAAAAAGGAUGAUCAAAAGGAAUCACAAAAUACAGGUGUUGAGAGCCGUUCAGUAGUCCUUCAUUUAGGUAGAGAUACAGUAGAACAAUGGGUUCGAUUUGCCAAAAAAGCAGAUAUUUUUUAA